GACUAUACGUAGCCAUGCCUUCAGUCAUCGUACCGUAAGAACUGUUUCGUCGCAUAUGUUAAAAAUUAAGUUUACCUUCGUCAGUGAUAUCGUCGACAAAUCCUUCGGGAUCGCUAAAAUUUGCUUCUUCAUCGUCGUUCAAUGUAUCGUCAUUAUUUUUCGCAGAAUCUUCGUUUUGAGGCGUUUUGUCCGCCAACGUUUUCUUCACCAUGGUGGAAACCUCUAAGCACAAGGAGCAUCAAACAUGGAGUAGUCUUACAAAGAUAAACCUACUGUCAGAACCAUUGAUGUUUGUAUCCCCAAAUUGGAUCAAAUUAAUUCGCGAAAUUUCAAGCUGAUGUUAUUUCUUUACUAGCAAUAUUUUUAUCAUUUCCUUUGAGCUACUAAAUAAAAAAGGAAAGAAAAACUACCAGUAAAAGAAAAUAAAACUAAAAGCGAAAAUUGGAAACAUUAAAAGUGCAUCUCAAUAUUUAGUUAGAUUAAGUUAUAUGGUUCGUGAAUUUAAUUUUAUUAAAAAUAAAAAUUAUAUUGCGUAUGCAAUUAAAAAUUCUUUGUUAAGAGAUCAAUUUGUUCUGGAGCUGUGUUCAUGUAUUAUAACAUGCAUACUCUUAAUAUAAGAAAUUUCUUCUCGAAAGAUGUUCAAGUUUCACUUCUGUAACAGCCUUUAUGGCAUAACUAUUGGUUGGUAUUGGCAUUACUUGGAUUGGUCAUUCAUGUAAUACUGUUUGUUCAUUGGCUAAAGGAAUCUUGUUGACUUGUAUAACCGUCAUUUCAAAUUGAAAAAGCUGUUGUAACAAUUCGCGUAGAGAUACGCUUAAGAGUGACCGUAGGAAAUAAGCGAAGUAGUCUUUUCUAAAUGUUCAGUGAUUAAAUGUUGAGACUUAAAAAUGUUUAGUAUUCCUAGAAAUUAAUUGCACCAAAAAGUUUGUUAGUAAACUAGUCUAAAUAUAAAAUAAACUUUUGUUGAUUGUGUGUUAUUCUUUCGCUAUAUUGUAAACAUUUUACAAUGUCGUUUUCGAAAGCCAAGAUUCAAAGGUUUAAUGAAUUUGGAAAUGAUGUACCUCCACCAGGAGCAUAUGAUCCUAAAUUUGAUGAUAAAGUAAAAGGACUUGCUAUACACAAAUCAGAAAGGUUUCAUGAAAAAACUAUAACUAAUGCUGAACACAAUUUAUCACUUUCUAAUAAAAGUGUCAAUAAAGCUAUAACAGGCUUUAAAACACCUCAACCUCCACAGAAAAAUACUUUAUCAAAGUCAUGCACAAAACUGAGGCCACGUUCUAUUCUUCCAUCUCCAGAUACAAAAUCACAUCAUAAUUUAGAACGUGAACUUGCAGAUCUACAAAUAGAAUGUUUAAACAAAGACAAAACCAUACAAGAGUAUGAAAAACGCACACAAGAUAUGCAAGAAAGCAUACAGGAACAUGUAAAACGCUCACAAGAUAUGGAGGAUACUAUACAAGAACAUGUAAAACGGUCACAAGAUAUGCAGGAAACUAUACAAGAACAUAUAAAACGCUCACAGGAUAUGGAGGAAACUAUACAAGGACACGUGAAACGUUCACAAGAUAUGCAGGAAUGUAUUCAGGAACAUAUAAAACGCUCACAAGAUAUGCAGGAGAAGAUACAAAAAUUAGAAUCUCAGUUAGAGGAGUCACGUAAAAGUCAAGCGGAUAUAGAAAUGCAAAAUAAAAAAGAUAAAGAAACAAUGAUGAAAUUACACCAAGAAGCUUUGGAUAAACAUAUUGAGAGACAUAAAUCUGAGCUGGAACAUCUUCUGGAAAAGAUAAUGAAAUUGGAGUUUGAAUUAACCAGCCAAAAACAUAUUAGUGAGGAUAAAAUUCAAAGCCUUGAAAAACAAAAUGAAGAAAAUGUGCUGGCUUUAAACGAGGCAAAUACCAAAAUAGAAGAACUUACUGAUACCAUUAGAAUUAUGGAGGAGAAGAAGAGUGAUACCAAGGAAAACACUGAAUUACUUGAACAAGAAAAAGUUCGUCGAGAAGCUCUUGAAGAGGAAGUAAGAAAGCUUCUGGAAUAUAUCGAGCGUCUGAAAAAGGAUUAUGAGGAGAUUAGUGAAAAAUAUGCUGAAUUAAUCGGUCAUCAAAAUCAUAGACAGAGAAUUAAGCACGUUUCACAGUUAAAAGAUAAAAUCAAUCAGUUGGAAGAGGACUUACGCUUGAAAGUAAAGAAGAUAGAACAGCAACGGCAAAUUAUUGAAAAGAUGAAUCCAGAAAGAAAGCGUAUACUAAAUAAGUUUAAGGAAAAUUUCUUAAAAAUGAAGGAGGAAUCCACAACGCCUGAAAGUUCUCCAAUGAAACCAUUAACACCUUUAAGAAUUAUAAAUGACUAAUUCAUAGUUACUGCGGAUAUUGUAGACAGAGUAUUUAUAUAUGCAAUUGUUAAACUAAGAUCGGUUUUAUAUUAAUAAUUAUGCGAACAUAUAAGAUGUGUAUAAAAAUACCCUUAUAUUUUUUCAAAAGUUCUAUGUCAUUGAAAAGUUGAAAUUUUUAUCUUAUAAUACAUUACAAUAAAAUACUAUUGCAUUUACUUUCAAUAUAAUUAACUCUAGACAUGAAAAUUCCUGAAUUUUCUUAAAACACCUACAUUAUAAUAAAAGGUCGAUUGAGGUCGAAAAUAAAAUUCUUUUUAUAUUU